AUGCAUUCGACCGUUGUCACCGAAGACCCAGAUAGCGCUCUGAGGCCCGACCCUGGCACGGAAGCCGACUUUGUCGUCGAAAACAACCCUUUUGCAUUUAGCCCUGGGCACCUCAACAAACUUUUGAACCCAAAAUCUUUAUCCGCCUUCCAGGCACUGGGUGGUCUUUACGGCAUCGAAAAGGGCCUGCAAACAGAUGUCAAGUCCGGACUAUCUCUAGACGAGGUGGCUGUGCGAGGCAAAGUCAGUUUUGAGGAAGCCACCGGUCACAAAGAACCCAUUUUCGCCACGACAGGUGCUCAGCCAUCAGCCACCGCAACGCAUGCCAACAGUGAUGGAUUCACUGACCGCACCCGAGUUUACGGCAGAAACGUGCUUCCCGCUAAAAAGGCAACCCCUUUAUGGAAGCUGAUGUGGAAUGCCUACAACGACAAAGUCAUUAUUUUGUUGACUGUUGCUGCUGUCAUCUCAUUAGCGCUUGGUCUUUAUGAGACCUUUGGCGCCGAACAUGACCCUGAAGCAGGCCAACCGGUUGAUUGGGUUGAGGGUGUCGCCAUUGUGGUUGCUAUUUUAAUCGUCACACUAGUUGGAUCUCUCAACGACUGGCAAAAGGAACGCGCCUUUGUUAAGCUCAACGCUAAGAAGGAGGACCGCGAGGUCAAGGUUAUUCGAUCUGGCAAGUCCUUCAUGAUAAACGUUGCGGAGAUCUUGGUCGGCGAUGUUAUUCAUCUCGAGCCUGGUGAUCUGGUCCCAGUGGACGGUAUCUUUAUCAGUGGCCAUGACCUAAAAUGCGAUGAAUCCUCGGCCACGGGUGAGUCUGAUGCUCUCAAGAAGACUGGCGGCGAUGCCGUCUUCAACGCCCUUCAGUCUGGAAACGCUUCCAAAGACAUCGAUCCUUUCAUCAUCUCCGGUGCCAAGGUCCUGGAGGGUGUUGGCACUUUUGUCUGCACCUCUGUUGGCACCAACUCCAGCUUCGGAAAGAUCAUGAUGUCAGUUCGCACUGAGAUGGAGGCUACGCCUCUGCAGAAGAAGCUCGAGGGCUUGGCCAUGGCUAUCGCCAAGCUCGGAAGCAGCGCUGCCCUUUUGCUAUUUGUUGUUCUCCUCAUCCGGUUUCUCGCCGGACUGUCUGGCAACACCGGGAGUAGCGCUGAGAAGGCUUCGGCCUUCAUGGAUAUCCUCAUCGUGGCUAUUACGAUCAUUGUCGUCGCCGUGCCUGAGGGCCUUCCUUUGGCCGUCACCCUGGCGCUGGCUUUUGCUACUACCCGCCUUUUGAAGGAGAACAACCUGGUUCGCAUUCUCAGAGCUUGCGAGACGAUGGGUAACGCCACGACAAUUUGCUCAGACAAGACCGGCACUUUGACUACGAACAAGAUGACGGUGGUUGCCGGUACCUUUGGUACCGCUAGUUUCACCAAGUCGGUCGACGGCGAGAAGGUCACCAGCGCCGUGGAGUUUGCACAGUCUCUUCCCGAGGCCACCAAGAAGCUUCUCGUUCAGUCGGUCGCCAUUAACUCCACUGCUUUCGAAGGAGAGGAGGAUGGCCAGGCCACCUUCAUCGGUUCCAAGACUGAGACCGCCCUGCUUCAGUUCGCCAAGGACCACUUGGGCAUGCAAGGUUUAUCUGAGGCCCGCUCCAACGAAGAUGUAGUUCAGAUGAUGCCUUUCGACUCCGGCAAGAAGUGCAUGGCUGCCGUUAUCAAGCUGCCCAGCCACGCUGGCUACCGACUAGUCGUUAAGGGUGCUUCUGAAAUUCUCCUCGGAUACUGCACCCAGAAGCUUAAUAUCGCCGACCUUUCCACCCCUGUCUUGGAGCAAUCCGACCGCCAGUUCUUGGAAGGUACCAUCGAUGCCUACGCAAAGCAGUCUCUUCGCACCAUUGCCCUGAUCUACCAGGACUUCCCUCAAUGGCCGCCUCAUGGUGUCAACGCUACUAUCGAAGGACAUGUUGAUCUUGGUGAUAUCCUCCACGACCUUGUCUUCGCUGGGGUUGUUGGUAUCCAGGAUCCCGUUCGUCCCGGUGUCCCCGAGGCUGUCCGCAAGGCCAAGCAUGCCGGUGUGGUUGUUCGCAUGGUCACCGGUGACAACGCUGUCACAGCCCAGGCCAUCGCAACCGAAUGUGGCAUCUUCACUGAGAAUGGGCUCAUCAUGGAAGGCCCUGUCUUCCGCAAGCUCUCCGUUGAGAAGAUGAACGAGAUCUUGCCUCGUCUGCAGGUUCUUGCCCGUUCCUCGCCCGAGGACAAGCGCGUCUUGGUCACUCGCCUCAAGGCUCUUGGCGAAACCGUUGCUGUGACUGGUGACGGUACCAACGAUGCACCCGCGCUCAAGGCUGCGGAUGUUGGUUUCUCUAUGGGUAUAUCUGGUACUGAAGUUGCCAAGGAGGCCUCUUCUAUUGUGUUGAUGGACGAUAACUUUACUUCGAUUGUCACGGCGUUGAAGUGGGGAAGAGCAGUAAACGACGCCGUGCAGAAGUUCCUUCAGUUCCAAAUCACCGUCAACAUUACUGCCGUCCUCCUCGCUUUCAUCACUGCCGUCUCCUCCCCCACCAUGGAAUCUGUCCUCACCGCCGUCCAGCUCCUGUGGGUCAACCUCAUCAUGGACACCUUCGCCGCCCUUGCUCUGGCUACGGACCCUCCCACUGAAAAGAUCCUCGACCGUCUCCCGCAGGGGAAGAAGGCGCCGCUCAUCACCAUCAAUAUGUGGAAGAUGAUCAUUGGUCAAGCCAUCUUCCAGCUUACCGCCACCCUCAUCUUGCAUUUUGCUGGUAACGCCAUCUUCGGCUACGACCCCCUCAACGAGAACGAGCAGCUUGAGCUUGAUUCCAUGAUCUUCAACACCUUUGUCUGGAUGCAGAUCUUCAACGAGUUCAACAACCGCCGUCUCGACAACAAGUUCAACAUCUUCGAGGGCGUUCACCGCAACUACUUCUUCAUCGUUAUCAACUGCAUCAUGGUCGGCGCGCAGGUUGCCAUCAUUUUUGUUGGUGGCAAGGCCUUCCGCAUCACCGAGGGCGGCAUCAGCGGCGAGCACUGGGCUGUGUCCGUGGUUCUGGCCUCCCUUUCUCUCCCCAUGGCUGUCCUCGUUCGUCUCUUCCCUGACCCAUGGUUCGAGAAGAUUGCCAAGACAGUCGGCAGACCCGUCGUCAUUGUCUACCGUGCCUCUGGCAUGUUUUUCUCCAGAGUUGGCGCCGUCUUCCGUCGCAAUAAAUCCACCGACGCCGACGCCGUUUCCGAUGAGGAGGCACGUGUCUCCUCUGGCUCCGAGGAAACCAAAGUCGCUGCGCCUGCCAUCAUUAUCUCCACCCAACCCGAGGAGAACAACACUGCUGCUGCCAAGGGCGAUGAGAAGCGUCAUAUCUGA